AUGGCGCCUCUUGAGAACGGCCACGCCAAUGGCCUGAAUGGCGACGCCGUACCAUCCACCACACCCCCGGGCAACCUCCGCUUCUCUGAUAUCCCUGACGCUAUCGACAUUCCCGCUUCUAGCUUCGACAGCGAAGUUGAAGUCAGCUUGCUUGAGCUCCCCGAAGACCCGACCGAGCUGUGCACGCUUCUCGAGAACGAAAAAGCCGCAAAGAACUUCUGGGUGAUCAUCGCGCUCGCUUACGCGAAGCGCAACCAGAUUGAUCAUGCCAUCGAUAUCUUGAACAAGGGUCUGGCCUCCGUGGCCCAUGGAGCGACAAAGGAGAAGCUUGGCCUGUUGGGCUGGAUCUGCUGGCUGCUUCUAUUGAAAAGCCGACACGCUCCUCGAGUUGCCCCCGAUGGCGAGCUUUACUCCGAAGCCAAGACCAAGGAUCAUUAUCUGCAACUCGCGACGUCGACCUUGAACGAGGCCUCUCGUCUUAACCCGGCUUACCCUCCUCUUUUCUUGGCGCGUGGUGUUCUAUGCCUCCUCCGUGCAUCGCUAUACGCCCCUCGCGCGGUUCGCCCCGGCGCCGUCGAUACCUCAGAGCGGAAUGAGUCGCUGCGCCAGGCUUUGAAAUGCUUCGACGAGUCGUCCAAGGCCUUCGGCGGCCGAAACAUCAUGGCAAUCCUAGGCCGUGCUCGCGCACACUAUAUGAUGGGAAGAUAUGCCGAGGCUCUCGAGGGAUACCAGAAGGCAUUGAUCAAAAUGCCUAAUCUCACAGAUCCCGAUCCUCGUAUUGGUAUUGGUUGUUGUCUCUGGCAGCUGGGCUUCAAGGACCAGGCAAAGGUCGCUUGGGAGAGAUCUUUAUCUCUGAACCCCGAAUCCAAGGUCGCCAAUAUUCUCCUCGCAGUAUACUAUCUCUACGACAGCUCCCGCCGAGCCACGACCGAUCCUAUGUUCGGAUCAUUGUACAAAAUGGCCAUGACUCAAUACACACAAAAAGCGUUCAAGCUCGAUAAGGAAUACCCGAUGACCUGUUCCUUGUUCGCAGGCUACUUCCUUCUCCGCAAAACAUAUGGCACCGUUGAGACGUUGGCACGAAAAGCCAUUGAACAUACAGACGUCAUGUCGAUUGCUAGUGACGGCUGGUAUCUGCUUGGCCGAAAGGCACACUACGAAGGGGAUGCUGUUCACGCUGCGGAAUUCUAUAAUCGCUCGGAUCAGGCCCGCGGUGGCAGCGAGAAGGGGUAUUUGCCUGCCAAAUUCGGUGCAGUUCAAAUGCAGAUCAACAACAAGGACUUCGAUGGCGCCAAGUUCCGUUUGGAGAAAAUUGUCCAACAAUCGAAAAACCCGGAGGCAAUGACUCUCCUCGCUGCUAUUCACGCUGAAGAGGUCUUCGCUGUCCAGAAGUCGGGUGGCAAAGAGGACAAGUCAAACGAGACCAAGCGAGCCAUCACACUGCUGGAGGGGGUGCGCUCCAUGUGGAAAGAUGAGAAACAGAAGCUCUCUCCCGACGAGUCGGUUCUGGUAUAUCUUGCUCGACUCUAUGAAAGCACGGCUCCAGAGAAGAGCAUGCAGUGUCUUACACAACUGGAACAAAUCCAACUUGCUGGAAUUCCCGAGGAAGCUCGUCCAGACAUUGAUGACCAGGAUGAACUGAACACUGCUCUCAGGGAAAGUCUUCCACCUCAACUUCUCAAUAAUAUGGGCUGCUUCCUUUACCAAAACGAGAAAAUUGCAUUGGCUCGUGGCGUGUUCCAGUCGGCGCUCAACGCCUGCGUGCAAGCCAAAGAAAAGACAGAAGAUGUCGACCCCGACGCCCUUGUAACCACAAUCAGCUACAAUCUGGGGCGAACAUACGAGGCAGCUGACAUGUGGGACGAGGCUAAGAAGGUUUAUGAGGGUCUUCUUGAGCGUCACGGUGACUACACAGAAGCUAAAGCCCGCUUAACCUACAUUGCUCUGCGCCAGAGCCCCACCGACGAAGGCCCCAAGAAGAUUGCCAAGCUUUAUGAAUCGGAAAACACCAAUCUGGAAGUCCGGUCACUCUAUGGCUGGUACAUCAGCAAGUCCAAGAAACGUGUUGCCAACCUCGCCGAGGACAAUGAGCAGCGCCAUUUCAAGCACACCCUUCAAUACCACGACAAGCAUGACCGAUAUGCCCUGACUGGAAUGGGUAAUGUGCAUCUUCUCUUUGCUCGCGACAUGCGCCGCGAAUCAGACCAAGACAAAGAAAAGCGACGGAAAAUGUACCAGCGGGCGGUUGAAUUCUUUGACAAGGCCCUCCAACUGGACCCAAAGAACGCAUACGCCGCUCAGGGUAUUGCGAUCGCUUUGAUCGAUGACAAGAAAGAACAUAGCUCCGCUGUGCAAAUUCUUUCCAAGAUUCGCGAUACGAUCAAGGACCCCAGUGUCUAUCUAAACUUAGGCCAUGUCUUCGCCGAGCUUCGGCAGUUCUCACGGUCCAUUGAACAUUAUGAAACAGCAUUGUCCAAGGACCGCGCCCGUGAUGUGCAAAUCCUAGCUUGUCUGGGUCGUGUCUGGUGGCUGAAAGGAAAGCAAGAAGCCAACCUGGCAGCCAUGAAGACCGCUCUUGAAUAUGCCGAACGUGCCCGCGCCGUCUCCCCCGACCAACUCCAUCUCCAAUUCAACGUUGCCUUUGUACAAAACCAGAUCGCAUCACUCGCCUACGGCCUACAGCCUACCCAAAAGACCCUACAGGAUGUCCAGGACGCAGCCGAAGGCCUCAAAGAAGCCAUCGAAACGUUCGAACGGAUCUCGAAGGAGAAGAACCCGCCCUACCCCAGCGCCGCCCUUGAGCAGCGUGCUAACAUGGGUCGCACGAUUAGCAAGCAGCUUGACCGUGCUAUCCAAAGCCAAAAAGAAUACGAAGAGAAGAACGCCGCCAAGCUCCAGCAAGCACGCGAAGCUCGGGAAGAAGCGACUCGCGCUCGCGAAGAAGAGCUCCGCAAGGCCCAGGAGGUGGAGACUGAGCGCAAGAACCGCAUUGCGGAGGAGCGUGCUCAGAUGGUGGAAGAAGUACAACGCCACGCUGCGAAGCGCGCUGAAGAGGAUCGCGCGCGUGAGGAAGCGGAGUUGACUAAUGAUUCGGAGACUGGCGACCGCGUUAAGCGCAAGAAGAAGCCUGCCAGCAAGCGCAAGAAGAAGGGCGACGACUUCAUUGCCGAAGAAGAAGAAGGUGGUGAGCAAAGCGGGGAGAGCGACGAUGGGGCGGCGCCAAAGAAGAAGCGCCGCCUUGAGCGGAGAUCGGGCAAGCCCAAGGCCGAGAAGGAGAAAUCCGACAAGCCGGGUAAAUACAAGAGCAGUGAGAUGGUAGUUGACUCGGACGAGGAGCCAGCCUCAGAGAGGGAUGAGGCUGCGCCGCGCCGACGGGGUAAUGCUUCUCGUCGUAUCGCCGAUGACGACGAGGAAGAGGAAGAGGAAGAAGGAGAAGGGGAGGAGGAGAAGAAGAAGGAAGAGGAGCCCCGGGAAGAGGACCUACCAGAGCAGGAGACUAAUGUUCCUGUUGAUGGUGUUGGCGAUGGACCUGGCGACGAGGACGAGCUAUUCGGCGAGCCAUCCAAGACUCAGGACACCGAGAUGGAGGAUUGA